AUGCCGGCAUUUGGGUGGGGAACUCGGAUUCGCGAUAGUCGCUUCCUUAGCAAUGUGUACAUCCGAGGACUAGGAGCGUUCAUGCUCUUCUGCAGUGUGUGUUCACUAUCACAACAAUAUGCGUUCGUGAGUGAAAGGGGUCUCGCUUCAACCUCAUCUGGUUACCCUACCGAGAAGCCUACAGAAAAGCUUACAAAGAAGCCUACCGAGAAGCCCACCGAAAAUCCUACCGAGAAGCCAACUGCGAAACCUUCGGAGAAGCCGAAGCGUAUUGCAGAGCCUCGCCAAGCCAUCAAGAAGGGAUCGAAGGGCAUCCUCUUGUGCUUGCACGACGGUAUUUUGGAGCUAGGUAUUUCUCUGAUUCGUGAGCUGCGUUGUCUCGGCAACAAGGAGUCGAUUGAGGUGCAUCACUGUCACGAUCUCACGAAACCUUCCGUCGAUCUUCUCUUUGGUCUGGAUGACAACAUCCAGGUCAUCGAUCUGUGUGAACGGUAUGUCAUUAAGAAGGUUCUCUCGGACACAAUGGCCAGGAGUUUUCAAAGCUACUGGAUCAAGCCAUUGGCCAUGCACUUCACCAGCUUCGAAGAGCUCAUUUUCCUCGACGCUGAUGCGAUUUUGCUGAAAGAUCCUGCGGUGCUGCGUCAUAACGAAGGAUACAAAAAAAAUGGCACGCUGUUCUUCUACGACCGCGUGAUCAACAAUAACCAGUAUCUGAACAAGAAGACGGAUAAAGGUUCGAUCUACCUGCACCAGUGGCUCAAGAGCUUCGACUACAAGCGCUUCGGGCUCACAUUCACUGACCCGUCACCAGCGCUCAAGAAAUCAUUCGCAUACCGUGGCAAAACAGCUCACGAACAGGACUCGUCCAUGUUGUUGAUCAACAAACGACACGCUGAGAAAGCUAUGAGCGUACUGUGGUUUCUUAUCACCGAGCACCGCUUUAUCUACGAGUUCUCAUGGGGUGACAAAGAGGCCUUCUGGCUAUCGUACGAGUUCUCGCACACUCCGUACUUCUUCUCGCCGUGGGGCGCCAGUGUUGUAUCGGCUACAUCAAACAAGGAUAUGGAGCGCCACCCGGACACGCUGUGUGGUAGUUUAGCCCAUUUUGAGCCGACAUUGAACGCCAGCGCUCCAGCCGAGCUGCUGUACGUGAACGGCCGGUCUCUCGUGGAUCCUGUGCCGUUCCGGCUCCACAAACUGAAGUUGUUGCAACCGAACCUCGUGUUUAACAUGAUGCCGACCCACGUAACUCCACGCCAAGUGCGACGUGAGCCUUCCGGUAAAGGCGAGUGGCCUGAGUGCAUGACAGGAAUGGGAUCAACGCCAGUGCCACCGCAACUGUUGCCGAAUCUGUGGAGACGACGCCAGCACUUCCAGGCCAUCUCAAUGGGCUUCAUUGAACCUUUGCUGGAGUGCAGCAAUCCGGGUGACCGUCUUCCAGAGGUCCCAGAGCCGUUGAAGAAGGCGAAGAAGUAG